AUGGACAGACGUACAAAAGGAAACAAUGAAAAAAUAAGUCAAAAGGUUGUGCCAAAACAAACACACAAUGAAGAGGACACAGUUGGUUCGAAAGUGCCUCCUUCAGUCAUGCCGAAAAAUUCGAUCACUAAAAAAGGAAUAUUUAUACCAUCUCAGAAUCAAAAAAAGACCAUUUUAGUCUGUGUGAGCAACUUGGAUCAAAAUGUCACAAAAGAACAGUUAAAACAACUUUUUAUGACUGUUGGAAAAGUUCUAAAAAUUUCGAUACCAACUAACAAGAAAGGUAAACCUAAGAGUUGCGCGUUAAUAAAGUUGGAUUCAGAUGAGGCGGUAGAUAGAGCUGUGAAUAGUCUGAACAAGACAAAGUUGAAUGAUCAAAAAAUCACUGUCGAGAAGAAAAUGAUCGAUGUAAUGAAUGUUUCAGAUUUAUCAAAUAAAUUGGGACUCACUAAAAGCUUAACUUUUUUGAAACCUUCAGAAGAAUUAGACAAUUUGAAUGCACAACUCGAAAAGUUAAAAAAGAGAACAGCUCGGUUGUCGGACAUGACAGCGAACGAAAGAAGAAGGAACUAUAAAUUAGAAAGAAAAGCUAUUCUCAAAAUAAAAAAGGCCGCUGUGGAAGAAUUUAAAAGACAAGAAAAAGAGGCCCAAAGCGUUGCCACCGAAGUAAAAGCUGAAACUGUCGAAGAAAAAAACGAACAGAAAAUUGAACAGACUGAUUAA